GCCUCUUCUUUCCACCACCAUGAAGGCCCUUCACCAGCGUCUGCAGCUCUACCUUGAAGGCAGCGAUGCCUACACUUUUCUGCCCAUUGGAGAAUCUGCGAACGUACAGUCGCUGACCAUUGACCGUGCUACUGGAGAGAUGUUACUCAAUCCACCGAAUACUGCUGUACCUCCUAUGGCUCAUCGGUCAGGCAAACCAAUAUAUGGUAUCUUGGGCUUGAUAGCCUUGUCCAUGUCCGAGUAUGUGGUUAUCAUCACAGGCCGGGAACCGCGCGGGCGAAUCGCUGGUCAAGAUGUUUACCGAGCAACCGAUUUCGACAUGCUUCCACUGAACCCGAACAUCACUGUCCAGCACCCGCCACAUCCAGUUGAAGGACAUCUGUUAGCUCUUCUACGAUCUCAUCUGUAUGGCGGUGUAUUUCUUUUCAGCUAUGGCUGGGAUUUGACGAGGAGGUUGCAACUUCAAUGGGAGCGCCGAGAGCACGAUACCAACAAGGCAUUUUGGGAAGUGGCAGACGAUAGAUUUUUUUGGAAUAGAUUCCUUCAAACACGUCUCAUAGACGCCAACGCCAAGCAAGACCUCAGUCCUUUCAUCCUUCCAGUCCUAUAUGGAUCGUUUGACAUUCGGCCUGCCUUCGUGCAGGGACGACACAUGCAGCUCGCACUCAUAAGUAGACGGUCCCGUUUUCGUGCGGGUACACGUUAUUUCCGUCGCGGCGUCGAUAAUGAAGGGCACGUCGCCAAUUUUAAUGAGACGGAACAAAUUCUCCUCGUUGAAGCCCCAGACUCUGCGACAAUACCCCGUUCCGCUGAUGAAUUCGCUGCGCAACUCAGCUUUGUGCAAAUUCGAGGUAGCGUGCCCGUGUUUUGGGCGGAGGUCAACACCCUGCGGUAUAAACCCGACUUGCAAAUUAUGGAUUUAGAGGAUACUCCCAAGGUUAUGAAGAUGCACCUGUUGGAACAAAUCUCUCUCUACGGAGACCAGACCCUGGUCAAUCUCGUAAAUCACAAGGGUCACGAGAAGCCUGUAAAAGAGGCUUAUGAACGUUAUGUCGCUCAGAUCAAUCUUCCUCAAGUUCGUUAUGAAUAUUUUGAUUUUCAUAAUGAGUGCAAGCAUAUGCGUUGGGACCGCAUCAGUGUGCUCAUUGAAAAGGUGGAAGAUGACCUUGAGCGUCAAUCGUACUUCCACGUCAACGCAAGUGAAAGCCAGCCACAAAAACUUCAAUCGGGUACUGUACGCACCAAUUGUAUGGACAAUCUCGACCGGACCAACGUCGUCCAAGCUGCAUUAGCAAAAUGGACGUUGAAUCAACAGUUGAUAUCAUUGGGAAUCCUUUCUCCUGGUGGCUCUAUCGAUGAAUACCCAGCGCUUAGUGCCGAUUUCCGGGAGAUGUGGGCAGACCAUGCUGAUGCUAUCGCCAAGGCAUAUGGUGGAUCGGGUGCACUGAAGUCUGAUUUUACAAGGACAGCUCAACGAACUAAGAAGGGCGUGCUUGAAGAUGGUGUCAAGUCUGUGGUCCGGUACCUCAAAAACAACUACUUUGACGGUGCCAGACAGGACGCUUUUGAUUUAGUGACAGGGACAUGGAUUCCCAGAAAGAAUCCCUCAUCAUCCUUAUUUCUGGUCACCGAUGCACGCCCUUUGAUAACACGUUCUAUGCCUGUGAUUGCAUCUUUCUCCGGUUUUAUGAUAUGUGCAGGGUUAACAUUGCCUCGAACUUCUGAGUAUUCGCUGUUCUAUUAUUUCCUGCUUUGGGUUACAUUGUUGACCGUGGCGGCCGCUUACAUGAUCGUUAACGGCAUUGAUUUCGUGUCGUGGCCAAAGUUGAUGCCUCCCACCGACAUUAUUUACUAUAAUGGUCCUGGCUUCCGCUCAGCGCGCAGUGGUAUGGGACUCAGUGGUGGCAAGGACAUGAAGACCAGCUUGGGGAAAACCACGAAAUGGUUGAAUGGUGGGAGGACACGGAGAGGAACGGUGAGCUUGGAAGAUGGGGAAAUCAAGAAGCGGGUUGACUGACGAUAGAUAUCGUGUAUUGUUUGGAUUUUAUUUACCGGUAGACUGGAAGGGACGGUGGGCGAGUAAUACUAUGUUGCUUUGCUGGUGAUCUGAAAGGGUAGUCCUAAUCGAGAAGGCUGAUCAUCACCGCCGCGGAG